AUGACUGUUAUUGAUAUAGUGACUGUUACCAUUACCGUUACUCUCAUCAUUACUAUGAUUGUUACCGAUACAGUGAUCGUUACCAUCACUGUUACCAUUACCAUUACAAUUAUCGUCACCGUCAUCGUCACAGUCACCGUUAUUGUUACCGUUACCGUGACCAUCACAGUAAUCGCCAUUACUAUCACAGUCACUGUCGCUGUUACCGUCACCGUCAUCAUUACCAUUAUUGUUACCGUCUUCGAUACUAAUAUCGUCACCGUUACCAUGACCGUUACCGUCAUCGUCACCGUUACUCUCAUCAUUACUAUGACUGUUACCAAUAGAGUGACCGUUACUGACACCAUUAUUGUGACAGUCACUGUUACAGUUAUUGUUACAGUCAUCGUCACCGUCAGCAUUAGUGUUAUCGUUACCAUUAUCAUGAACAUCACCCUAAUCGCCAUUACUGUCACUGUCACCGUUACCAUCACCGUCACCGUCACCGUUAUCGUCAACGUGAUCGUCACCUUGACCAUUACCGUGACUGUCACAAUCAUCGUUACCGUUAUAGUCAUUGUCACCAUCACCGUUAUUGUUAUCGUUACCGUUACCUAG